UUCAUGUAUUUGUAAUUUGUGUACUAGUGGAUUUUGAGGUUAGGUCAAUGUGGUAAAUAGUUGGUUUCGUUUCAUCUAGCAAACAAACGCACUGCGAAGACGACAAACGUUAUUUUAUAAAUAAUUUACCAGCUAUAAUAUAUCGACACAAAAAUAUAAGUAACCAUGGUAGCUAUAAAGGUUCAUAAUAAACCAGCGAAACGCGAAAAGAUUAAGGGUAAAAAAUCAAAAAUAGAAAAAGUUUCAAAGGUAUCCCCAAUAUCUAAAGAGAAAAUUAUAGGAUCUGAAGAAUUGCAACAGAAAUCAACGUCUGGGCAAGACAUAAUAAAGAGUAAAGUGAAAUAUACAAUGCCUUCUAAAGGUGUUACUUCGAAUACCGUAGAUUUGUCUUUACAUGCUCUUAAAAAAAUAUCGGAACAUUACAAUACGAAAAACCUAAUAUUUGGAGAUGAAACACAAAUAUUUAUGGAAAUACGGUGCAUCCGAAUGCCAAAUACAAAAUCAAAUAUAAAGUUUGUUCUACCACACAGUACUGUAGCAUCUUCUGGAGAAGUAUGUUUGAUAACACCAGACAUUAAGAAAGGGAAAAAAGUUGACCAUGAGCCCACUGUGGAGCGAUGGGAAGAUAUUUUAAGAAAGGCUGGAGUCACAAGUGUUAAAACUGUAUUGCCCAUGAGACAAUUGAGAGUGGAAUAUGAUCAAUUUGAACUGAAAAGAAGGCUAAUGACACAGCAUGAUUGCAUCAUGGUGGAUAACAGAAUAUUAAGCCAUGUAACUCACUUGCUUGGAUCUAAGUUCUUGAAGAAACAAAAUAUGUUAAUUCCGGUAAAAAUAAAUGAAAACAAAGAUAUAAAGCAACAGAUUGAUAUUGGAUUACGAACAGUAAUGCUUCGUCUAAGUGAAGGCCUGACUUCAACUGUUACUGUAGGUCAUACAGGGAUGCCUCAAGCGCAAAUUAAAGAAAAUAUUUUGUCUGUAAUUAAAUACUUAGGAAAUAGGUAUCCAGGUGGUGAAGCAAACAUAAGAUCAUUAUCUAUUAAAUUGCCCCUUUCUGUAUCAAUACCUUUGUAUAUUACAUUGAGAUCGGCAAAUACAGUGGUGCCUCCCAAAAUUAAACAAAACAAACCUAAAGAAUACAAAGACUAUGAAGGAGAAUUAACUACUCAACCUGGCAGUAUUGUGAGGAUUGCCCCUGAUGGUACAGUGCAUCUAAAAAAACAAAAUGUCAGGAACAGUGAUGAAAGUGACAUAGAUGAGGAAAGUGCUGAAGAAAAAGAAGAUAUCAAUGAAGAAGAUGGUGAUGAUGAUGAAUAAAACACAAACUGUAUAUAAAUGUUAUAAUGUCAAAAUUAUCAUUACAAUUGAAAAUCAUAAAUGCUGGAAUUAAAAAUUCUUAUCAAAGA